CAACCCUCUGCAUCCACUCGGUUACGGGGCCCCGCGCAGGCAACACGUCACGCUCCCCCCGCCGCCCCGCCUCGCGCCGCGCAGUCCCGCCUCGCUCACAAAACAAGUGAUAGAAAUAAAGUGAAGAAAAAAAAAAAAAAAAAAAAACACGAAAAUACCGCCUUCACCUGACAGUGGAACACAUUUAGUCUUUUUUUAAAAUAAACUCGAUUCUACGAAAAAGAAAAUGCGACUGAAUGUGAAAACGCGAAACAUGCGAACAUAAACUGCAUUACUAAUUUUCUGAUACACCUCACUGUGAUUCGCACGAUGCAUUGAUAGAAAAACAGAAAAAAGUGUAAAAAGAAAAAAAAAAAAAAGAAACUAAAACUAUCAGAACUUAAAAAAAGCUGCACUGAAACAACACGACUGACGACGUACGCACAUGGUUGGCGUGGACACACUGCCCUGCACGCGUGACUGAACACAGGGUAAGUCACCGGCCGUGCGUGUGUCCGUGUGUGUGUGUGUAUGUGCGUCCCAGCAGCGAACACCUGAAGGCUGAAGGUGUGUGCCUUUGUGAGCGGCAGCGAGUUUCAGCGGCAGCGGGGAGAGCCGGCGACAGACAGACAGACAGACAGGUUGCACAGACGCGACGUUCGUUCCUCCUCGGCCGCCACAACCAACCAGCCAGCCAGCCAGCCACCUCCUGCCGCAAGUGGGUCGCUCCUCCUCCUCCUCCUCCUCUCUCUUUCUCCAGCCUGCAGUUUGGUAUUGGUGGGAAAGAAGAGGAUCAGCGGUAAAUUCCUUUCGAAGCACGGACGGCCUGACAGUCACCACCACCACCACCACCACUACCACCACCACCACCGCUACCACCACCACCACUGCAGUUCAACUACAACUACUACUACUACUACUACUACUACUACUACUACUACUGUUCCUUUCUACACUCACCAAUUACUCCACACAAGCACAAGCAAUCACCACUCACACAUCCACCCAAACACACGCAAAUCACCACCACUACAACCACAACACCAUCACCACAAUAUUAUUUCAGUCACGACCACAACCUUCGGGCACUUCAACCACAAUUAGGAAGCUGUUACGUGAAUAAAAACCACCACCACCACCACAGCCACUAUUACACAGCUCACUACACCAUUACCUUUACCACCACCACCACCACCACCACUACCACCACCACCCCGGGCCAUGCCUCCUCUCAAGUAUCCCCAUCCUUUAUCUUCAAGUGACUGAACAAUUUUCCUUCACUUUAAGCCUCAUUCCCCCUGCCCCCACAGUCCCCCCACCCUCUCUCUCUCUCUCUCUCUCUCUCUCUCUCUCUCUCUCUCUCUCUCUCUCUCUCUCACUCCUCACUGCAUCACCAUGGCCCCCAAGCCGCUGCUCCCGGGGGCCGCCCUUCUGCUGUUGCGGCUACUUCUGUUGCUGCUUCCACUUCGGGCUGGUCCACUGCACGGGGGAGCGACAGCAGCUGACCCGGCCCCUCUUGUAGACCCGCCAGCUGAUCCUGAGAGCGCCGCCAUGUCCCUACGUCUCCUGGACGCCUUCAUUAGGCGGCCAAGACAAAUCCGGUUCAAGAGUUCCUAUCUGGAGUUACCUGCCGUGCUGCGAGACCUGGUGGGCAUCAGAGGACUCGGGCACCUGUCCUACUUUGUGCAGGUGGAUGUGCCAGUCACGCCGCCCACCAGCAAGGCCCUGGACAGGCUGCCGGCCGGCACCAAAACCUACUUCCCUCCCUACGUGUCGCUGCUCGGCACCCAGGCCAUCGACCACAUCAGUACAGAAGGGCCGCAGCAAUCCUCUGUCGCCUCUAAAACUUUAGCUCCCUCACAGGCCACCGACAAGCAGAGUGGGUCUGGAGAGCUUGCCGCCAUCCCUGUCAGAAACAUUUCCCAAGUAACCGACAACAAACUCGAUGCUCUACUCUCUACCUCGACUGUUUCUACCUCACUUGGGACGGACGGUGGACCCUCCCCCACUCCCAGCUUGGCGGCGCGACUUCAAAAUGUUUCAUAUUCUACUUCCGAGAUCUCUUGGCAUCCUCAGUCUCUCAAUUUCCUUCAUUCUUCCCCGCUGGGAGUGUCUUCCUCCCCUCCUCACACUAUUAAAGUCGCCUCAUCAUCACAGACGAUCACAAUACCAGCCCUCACCACCACCACCACCACAAGCAACACAUCCAUCACUACUGCUCCUCCGACUGCCUUCGUCACCACCGCACCCUCCUUUUCAUACCCAUCCUCAUCGCCAACACCAUCCUUCUCAUCUUCGUCCUCGUUUCUGUCAAGCUAUUUUUUCUCCAUCUUCUCAAGCACCACACCUUCGCCUCUCACUGGGAGCACCUCGAGCUCUCCUCCAGCAGCAAGUUCUUCACACACUGCUAACUUGACGCUAAGUAACUUCUCCCUCCGUAAGACACAAACCACAAGCCAGCGGCCUCACUCCGCAGCGCAGCCACCACCGCCGGUAUCAACAACACCAACGCCAGCCUCAUUAUCGUCUCAUUUACCUGCCAAAUAUCCUCCUCCAGUCAAAUCCAAUUCCACUGCAUCUUCAUUUCCCUUAAUUAAAAAACAUUCCUCAGCGCUCAAAUCAUUUACGCUCCCCUCUACGUCUUCCCCUUCUUCAAAGUCAUUUGCAUUCCCCUCGCCGCCUUCAUAUUCCUCCCUCAAGCCACGCGCGCCGACCCCUCCUUCAAUCCACUCCGUUACACCAUCAGCCACAACGGUUCCUUCAAAGCACGCUGUUAAAUACGCAAAGUUUACACCCACGUCUUCUGUUGUCAAGUCAGUCAAAGUACUCACGUCGUCCUCCACGUCCCCGGCGCAGUCCACUCCCUCACAAUCUUCCCGAACGCUACGAACAACCUCGCGUCCUAGAGUUCUUCAUUCCAGCUUAUCUUCUAAAGCAGCCUCAGGAAGUGCCCCAGACAAUCAUUCACACAGACGCCCCUCGCUGCGCCCGCCCACACAUUUCGCUUCAUCUGCUUCCACCACUGUACGUCCUCUUCCUGCCCUACGCACUCCCUUGCCCUCCGCCCUCCCCACACAGCCCUCCAAGUCCUCUUCACGCUCUUCUCGGCUUCUUAAUAACUUCUCCAAAUCGUCACAUCCUUCCUUACCCAGCAGCUCUUCCUCUCAUCUCUUGACUCAAACGCGAACUCUCCCGUCACUGUCUUCACCAUCCACUAAACACCUUGCUGCGCCUUCAGCCCUCAGUGUGCCAUCCCCGAAGCUAAGACCCACAGCUGCGGAGACUAAUCCAAAGACCUUUUCCAGCACUUCAGCCCAGGUACUCCAGUCUCCUCGGGGCUGGAAGCGGGGAAGAGUUGUAGAAGUUGGAGGAAAUGUCAAAAGCAAAUUAGGGGGAGGAGAAGUGGGAGGAAGAAAAGGUGGAACUGAGGGAGGAGGAAAAGGAGGAAGAGGAGAUAAACGUGGAGGAGGUACGCAUGUCCAAAGUGGUAAGGAAGGUAAGACUGGGAAAAGAACACUUGGGGACAUAAUACGAGACAGAAAAUCAUUGCUGAGAAGACUAAAGGGCGGGAGUAAAGGAGUAGAUAGCGUAGGUCGGGUUAGCAGAUUAGAAAAGUUGCAAAUAAGGAGUAAAUCGGGCAAAGGAAACAGAACAGUGGCUGACAGACUGGGGAUUGCUUUGCCUGCCCCGAGGACGACGCCCAAACCCGCAGACAGAACGCGACCUCCUGACGGCGACACAAACGACGACCCUGCUGCGCCUGAGCGGGGCAGAGCAGACCUCCAGACGCUGCGCUUCAUCCCUCGCACUGCCUUCGUCUGCCCCGACACUCGCGAGGCUGGCUACUUUGCUGACCACGAGGCAGGAUGUCAGGUGUUCCACGUGUGCUGGCAGAAGAGGAGGGCCACCUUCCUGUGUCCCGUCGGCACGCUCUUCAACCAGAGGUUGCAGGUGUGUGACUGGCACUACAACGUAGACUGUGACGCGACACUCAGCGUCCGAAACGCGUCGGUGAAGAACUCUUGAGGUUCUCAGGCCGGUGUUGUUGCAGUGCGCUGGCUGUGCACAGUGAUAGGUCGCCGCAGACACUUGCUUCACCCAAGAAGUGACUCCCUUCUCGCUCGGAUGCUGGACAUUAAUGCAGUGAUCACAUUAAUCAUUCAUUCCGUGUUAAGCUCAGCCGGAGUUCAGCUCAGCGGCGCCACGCAGCCGGUCACGCUCCUCCACAGCAGCGUGGCGGGGCUGCGGCGCUGCAAUCCCCGCUGCUGCCUCUGCUUGCCACCCUCCUGCGCGGCCCCUGGAGAGCCAUAAGGAAAGCUGUGAUUUCAUAGUUGAGCUUCAUAAAUAUUUCACUAUA